CCUUUCCACACCCAAACCAAGCAUGAAGCUACCAACCGUGUGUCUAGUUAUCGUAUCGACGUUUGGUUUGGAUGUCGUGUCAGCCUUCCUAUCGCCCGGUGCCACCCUGCAGCCACGUGCGGUGUACCGCGGCGGUAGAGGGCCUGGGAGUCAGCAUACGGGCAAAGCGAAUACUAUGCGCAUAAGCGCGGUUGAGGACGGUUCACUGUCGGAUCUGGAGCAAAACUCGAUGACCGCGGGGGUCUUGUCGGACGCUCUUCCCUUCAUACAAGCCCACGCAGACAGAACCAUAGUCAUCAAGUACGGGGGACAUGCUAUGGAAGACGAAGAGGCGUCUCUUUCGUUCGCCCAGGACGUGGUCAUGCUCAAGCAGUGUGGUGUUAACCCUGUCGUCGUGCAUGGGGGAGGCCCGCAGAUCGCCGCAAUGCUCAAGAGGCUAGAUAUCCCUACGUCGUUCGUUGAGGGAGUGCGAGUGUCUGACCCCGCCACGGUAGAAAUAGCGGAGAUGGUUCUUUGCGGUAGCAUCAACAAGGGGAUCGCGAGCAGCAUCAAGCGCGCUGGUGGGCGAGCAGUAGGCUUGAGUGGAAAGGAUGACAACCUGCUGAUAGCCAAGAAGCUGGGGAAGAAGGUUGUGGACAAAGAAACCGGAGAAGUCAAGGUAGUGGACAUUGGAUGCGUUGGCGACAUUACUGCCGUUAACACAGAGGUAAUCGAGGAUCUCGUGAGCUCAGGCAUCGUGCCAAUCAUCGCUCCUAUCGGGGUGGACGAGUCGGGGCAGACGUACAACUGCAACGCCGAUACGGCUGCGGGGGCUAUCGCGGGGGCCUUAAAGGCACACCGACUGUUACUUUUGACCGACGUCGCGGGGGUGUUGAACAAGGAGAAAGAACUACUCCCACAAAUGGACUCGGCGAAGGUGGAAGAAUUGAUUCAAGAUGGCACAAUUUUCGGCGGCAUGAUUCCCAAGGUCAAUACCGCGUUGGAUGCAGUCAAAGCCGGGGUAGGGGCCUCCAUAAUUCUCGACGGUCGAGUACGAAAUGCGCUCUUGCUGGAACUGUUCACGCCAGGCGGCGCCGGAACGCUCAUCCGCCUUGCCGAGUAGAUGCAAACCCUUGUCCACGAAGCACAAGUUCCUUUGUUAGACAAUCUCCGGGUACACUAGCCAGUGUGGCGCGUGGCUAGUUGGGUGUUGAACGGAUGCGAACGUUUUGGAUAGUUUAGUAUGCAUCUGCAGCGUUGUGUGUUUUAUCUAGACUGGGUGUGGUCUGGUGCGUGUUGUGUUCAAUGUUUUGGUGUGUGUUGCAGCCCUCGUUGAUGAACGGUGGAAUAUUUGGGUGCGCAUGUAGUUUGCGAGCAUAGGGCGUUUUUCAUAUGUAGUGUUCAUAAAUGACUGAACGACAGCUGCAUGGGAAUCCCGCGUCGGUUGGUCAACACGAUGACCGUGUUCUUUAUCUAUUGCUGACAUCGUUGGCUGUAGUGUAGUAUGAGUUGUCCUAUACUUUGUUGAAGGCAUGGAUUUCCGCUCGAUGGCCGCGACAAGGGUUGUUGUUGUUGUU